GAGGAGGAGGGAUUCGACUCGAGGCCAUGGGAUCUGCUUGAGACAGAAGGACCCUGAGAGGAGGGUGGGGGGACGCAAGGCCAAGAUGAACAUGGGAGCUCCGCUUGGAGCGGUGUUCCUUUUUUCGUGCUGUUUAGUCACCGUUCGGGGAUCUCCUUUAUUGCUUUUUGCUAACCGCCGAGAUGUUCGAUUGGUUGAUGCAGCGGGACCUAAAUUAGAAUCUGUUGUGGUGGUAAGCAGUUUGGAGGACGCAGCUGCCGUUGAUUUCUUUUACACUCAAGGGCUCAUUUACUGGACAGAUGUCAGUGAGGAGUCAAUAAAAGAAAUCUCAUAUAACCAGAGUGGGAGCUCACAAAAUGUCAUAAUCUCUGGCGUAGAAUCUCCAGAUGGCCUGGCGUGUGACUGGAUUGGCAAAAAACUCUAUUGGACAGACUCUGAAACAAACCGGGUAGAAGUUGCUAAUCUCAAUGGCACUUAUAGAAAAGUUCUCUUUUGGCAAGAUCUGGACCAGCCCAGGGCCAUAGCAUUGGAUCCAGCUCAUGGAUACAUGUAUUGGACUGACUGGGGAGAAACCCCCAGAAUUGAACGGGCUGGAAUGGAUGGAAGCACACGCAAAAUCAUAGUGGACUCAAAUAUUUAUUGGCCCAAUGGGUUAACAAUCGACUUGGAUGAGCAGAAACUUUAUUGGGCAGAUGCUAAACUGAGUUUUAUUCACAGAGCCAAUUUGGAUGGUUCAUUCAGGGAAAAAGUUGUUGAAGGAGGCCUCACACAUCCAUUUGCAUUGACGCUGGCAGGAGAUGCCUUGUAUUGGACUGACUGGCAGACUCGCUCUAUCCAUGCCUGUAACAAGCGUAGUGGAGAAAAAAGAAGAGAGAUCCUUAGCGCACUUUACUCUCCGAUGGACAUACAAGUAUUUAGCCAUGAACGGCAGCCACUUUUCCAAACACCAUGUCAUGAGAAUAAUGGUGGAUGCUCUCAUCUUUGCUUACUGUCACCAAGGGACCCCUUUUACAGCUGUGCCUGUCCAACUGGGGUGCAGCUGAUGGAAGAUGGAAAAUCAUGCAAAAUAGGAGCCGAUGAUUUCCUGCUGCUUGCAAGAAGGACAGAUCUGCGAAGGAUCUCUUUAGACACGCCUGAUUUUACUGACAUUGUACUUCGGAUAGAUGACAUAAGGCAUGCCAUUGCUAUCGACUAUGACCCAGUGGAGUCAUACAUCUAUUGGACUGAUGAUGAAGUUAGAGCAAUUCGUCGUGCUUAUUUGGAUGGUUCUAGAGCACAGACAUUGGUUACAACUGAGGUACAACAUCCAGAUGGAAUAGCAGUUGACUGGGUGGCCCAUAAUCUUUACUGGACGGACACAGGGACUGACCGUAUUGAAGUAACCCGCCUUAAUGGAACGUCCAGAAAAAUCUUAAUAUCUGAAAACCUGGAUGAACCAAGGGCCAUUGUCUUAAAUCCACUGACUGGUUACAUGUACUGGACAGAUUGGGGUGAAAAACUAAAGAUUGAGUCUGCUUAUUUAGAUGGAUCAGAGAGGACAGUUCUUGUUAAUUCCUCUUUGGGUUGGCCUAAUGGAUUGGCUCUGGAUCUUCAAGAAAGCAAGCUUUACUGGGGUGAUGCCAAGACAGACAAAAUAGAGGUAAUGAAUGUGGAUGGAACCAUGCGGAAAACCCUCAUUGAAGAUAAGUUGCCUCAUAUAUUUGGUUUUACUCUGCUUGGAGAUUACAUCUAUUGGACGGACUGGGAAAGAAGAAGCAUUGAAAGAGUUCACAAAGUGAGGGCAAGUCGAGAAAUAAUAAUUGAUCAGCUGCCAGAUCUAAUGGGGCUUAAAGCAGCAAGUGUAACAAAUACUUUUGGCACCAAUCCUUGUGCAGAUCAAAAUGGAGGCUGCAGUCACCUAUGCUUCUUCACUCCUCAUGCCAUACGAUGCUCCUGCCCAAUGGGACUAGAAUUGCUGAGUGACAUGAAAACCUGCAUCAUUCCUGAGGCCUUUUUGGUUUUCACUAGCAGGGCAGCAAUUCACAGGAUUUCCUUAGAAACUAACAAUAAUAAUGUUGCAAUUCCACUUACGGGAGUCAAGGAGGCAUCUGCUUUGGAUUUUGAUGUGUCUGAUAAUAGGAUCUACUGGACAGAUAUUACACUGAAGACCAUAAGCAGAGCAUUUAUGAAUGGAAGCUCUGUAGAACAUGUAAUUGAGUUUGGCCUUGAUUACCCAGAGGGAAUGGCAGUUGAUUGGAUGGGAAAAAAUCUUUAUUGGGCUGACACUGGUACCAAUCGGAUAGAAGUAUCUUGUCUUGAUGGACAGUUCAGACAGGUUUUAGUGUGGAAAGAUCUCGACAACCCAAGAUCUCUUGCAUUGGAUCCAGCACAGGGUUACAUGUACUGGACAGAAUGGGGAGGAAGACCCAGGAUAGUUCGUGCCUACAUGGAUGGGACCAAUAUAAUCACUUUGGUUGACAAAUUGGGCCGUGCUAAUGAUCUAACCAUUGACUACUCUGACCAAAGACUCUAUUGGACAGACCUGGAUACUAACAUGAUCCAAUCAUCCAACAUGCUAGGCCAAGACAGAGAGAUCAUUGCUGAUGAUCUUCCUCAUCCCUUUGGACUUACACAGUACAGUGACUACAUCUACUGGACAGACUGGAACUUGUACAGCAUUGAAAGGGCAGACAAAGUGAAUGGCAAGAAUCGUACCUUGAUUCAAGGUCACUUGGACUUUGUUAUGGACAUUCUGGUAUUCCACUCCUCUCGGCAGGAUGGCUCCAACGAGUGUGUGCAGAACAAUGGACAUUGCAGUCAGCUCUGCCUUGCAGUACCGAAUGGUUAUAGAUGUAGCUGCACCUCUCAUUACACUCUGGACUCCAACCACAGGAACUGCAGCUUGCCUUCCAGCUUCCUUCUGUUUAGCCAGAAAACAACGAUUAAUCGAAUGUUAGUAGAUGAACAGCAGAGUCCAGACAUCAUCCUGCCAAUCCAUGGCCUCAGGAAUGUCAAAGCAAUUGCUUAUGACCCUGUAGACAAACUCAUCUACUGGGUGGAUGGGAGGCAGAAUAUCAUUAAAAGGGCUAAGGAUGAUGGUGCACAGCCUCUUGUGUUAGUAUCUCCUCCAAACCAAAGUCAAACCGUAGAAAAACAGCCACACGAUUUAAGCAUCGAUGUAUACAGCCGCACCCUGUACUGGACAUGUGAGGCCACCAACAGCAUCAACGUUAACAGGGUUACUGGAGAAUAUAUUGGCACUGUUUUGCGUGGACAGUAUGACAAGCCAAGGGCCAUUGCUUUAAAUGCAGAGAGAGGAUACAUGUACUUCACAAACAUGCAAGAAAGAUCUUCAAAGAUAGAGCGUGCAGCCUUAGAUGGGACAGAGCGAGAAGUUCUCUUCACCACAGGUCUAAUCAGGCCUGUUGCUCUAGUUGUUGACCACAAGCUGGGGAAACUGUUUUGGGUGGAUGCAGACUUGAAACGUAUAGAGAGCUCCGACUUAUCUGGAGCAAAUCGAAUUACCUUGGAAGAUUCAAACAUUCUUCAACCCAUGGGACUUUCCGUCCUGGGAGAUCAUCUUUACUGGAUUGACCGACAACAGCAGAUGAUAGAAAGAGUGGAUAAGACAAAUGGUUUCCAAAGGACAAGGAUUCAAGGCCGCAUCACCCACCUUACUGGACUUCAUGCUGUGGAGGCUCUUGAUAUAAAAGAAUUCUCUGCACACCCAUGUUCAAGGGAUAAUGGAGGCUGUUCUCAUAUCUGCAUUGCCAAAGGAGAUGGCACCCCUCGAUGUUCCUGUCCUGUGCACCUUGUCCUUUUACAAAAUCUAUUAACAUGUGGAGAGCCCCCAACUUGCUCUCCAGAGCAGUUUACAUGUGCAACUGGUGAAAUUGACUGCAUUCCCCUGUCAUGGCGUUGUGACGGUUUCUCAGAGUGUGAGGACAAGAGUGAUGAGGAGAACUGCCCGCUGUGUUCUGACAAUCAGUUCCAAUGUGAGAAAGGACAGUGUAUUGAUGCCCGUAAGAAGUGUAAUGGAGAGUAUGAUUGUCAGGACAAGUCUGAUGAACUGGACUGUGAAGCAAUCUGCCCACUUAAUCAUUUCCGCUGUGACAGUGGACAAUGCGUCACAACAAGGCAGCAGUGUGACUCUUUCCAAGAUUGUGGUGACAACUCAGAUGAUAUCAUGUGUGAACUGAAUAGGUCCCCAUCUGAGGAGGCUCCUUCACACAACAGUGCAAUACUACCAGUGAUUGGUAUUAUAUUGUCUGUCUUUGUGUUUGUUGGGGUGUACUUUGUGUGCCAGAGAGUUGUGUGUCAAAGAUACACUGGACCAAAUGGACCCUUCCCACAUGAGUACAUCAGUGGAACACAUCAUGUUCCUCUAAACUUUAUAACAACUAGAAGUUCUCAGCCUGCUGCCUACACAGGUAUACCAUGUGGGAAGCAAAUGAUCAGUUCCAUGAGUUUGAUAGGAGGCGGAAGUAGUGGUGCUCCACUUUAUGACCGGAAUCAUGUGACCGGUGCUUCUUCUAGUAGCUCUUUAAGUACCAAGGCCUCCCUUUACCCACAGAUCUUGAACCCACCACCAUCACCAGCUACAGAUCGCUCCUUAUGCAAUACUGAAGUCUUUUACUCAUCUAAUAGUCCAUCCACUACCAGAUCUUACAGGCCUUAUCUUAUACGAGGCAUUGCUCCUCCAACAACACCUUGCAGCACUGAUGUUUGUGACAGCGACUAUACUACAAGUAGAUGGAAAUCUAAUAAAUAUUACAUGGACUUAAAUUCUGAUUCAGAUCCAUACCCACCUCCUCCCACUCCCAGGAGUCAGUACAUGUCAGCUGAGGAGAGCUGUCCCCCUUCCCCAACAACUGAAAGAAGCUACUUCCACCUCUACCCUCCUCCCCCCUCACCAUGUACAGACUGUUCAUGA